AUGGCCUUUCGCGCAUUUAGCACGUCCACAGUAGCUCGUGCUGCCGAGGUUAACAGGCUGGGGGUUAUCGGAGCAGGUCAGAUGGGCUUGGGAAUUGCCCUGGUGGCUGCGAACAAGGCUCAGGUUCCCGUAACUUUAAUCGAUAACUCUCAAUCCUCUCUAGACAAGGGUCUCAAGUUCGCCGACAAGCUCUUGGAAAAGGAUGUGGCCAAAGAGCGUCUGACUCGGGAGGAUGCCGACGUCGUUCGCUCGCGCAUCACAUCCAGCCUGAAACUCGAUGAUCUAUCGGCAGUUGAUUUCGUGAUCGAGGCGGUCCCUGAGAUUCCCGACCUCAAGUCGUCCAUCUUCAGAAAGAUCGCGCAAAUUGCUCCCAAACACGCUAUCCUGGCAACGAAUACUUCAUCUAUCUCGAUCACCAAGAUCGCCGCAGCCACGACGACUGAUCCCAGGGACCUUCAGGCUCCCUCCCGAGUCAUCUCCACGCAUUUCAUGAACCCUGUGCCUAUCCAGAAGGGCGUGGAAAUCAUUGCGGGUCUGCAGACUUCCCAGCAAACCAUCGAAAGUGCCAUUGCGUUUGUCAAGCGCAUGGGCAAGGUUGCCUCCGUCUCCGCUGACUCGCCGGGGUUCCUCGCCAACCGCAUUCUCAUGCCAUACAUCAAUGAAGCAAUCAUUUGUCUCGAAACCGGAGUUGGCGGCCGCGAGGAUAUUGAUAACAUCAUGAAGAACGGUACCAAUGUCCCCAUGGGUCCUUUGACGCUCGCAGAUUUCAUUGGUCUUGACACGUGCCUGGCCAUUAUGAAUGUCUUGCAUCAAGAGACUGGGGAUAGCAAGUACCGACCCUCGGGGCUGUUGAAAAGAAUGGUCGACGCUGGGUGGACCGGCAAGAAAACUGGAAAGGGCUUUUACGACUAUUGA